AUGACUUUGCUGGACACAAGGUCAAGUAAACAGUCGGUGCUGGCAUCACCCCAAAAGUUUACCAACACGUUGACCUUCUGGCACGAUUCGGCUGACUCGGGCCUUUCCAUGGGCUUCACCACCCCAACUCUCCCUUCGCUGACCCAGGCCGCCGAUUACAACCACAAAGACAGCACCGGCGACAGUUACCUUCACUGCAUGAACGACUUUCCGCAUUUAUCAUUCAGCGACAACCCCGCUGGAGCCUACUGGCAGCCAAACUGCGGCGCCGUGAACGGGGCCAGUCGCCAGCGCAAAGGCUCCUGCGACCACGCAGGAUCCGAUUGGGAGGACUUUCGAGUGGAUAUCGAGGCUUUCGGUUGUCGCUACCACCGCAGUCACGGCAACCGCCGUCGCCGCUGCACGCACCAACCUCCCGGCUGUCCCGACCUGCAGCAGCACGCCGCUGCAGUGCUGCCACCACGGAGCCAAUCAGAAUCGGACUAUCGACCGCGCGCGCUGACCGUUGGAAGCAGCCCAUUGGACAGGGGCGUGUCAACGGGAGUGGGGAUAAGGGCUCGCAGUGUCCGUCUCUCGGUCAGUGCGCUGAAUCCGAUCUAUCGACGUCAAUCGUUGAACUCCCGGUUGCGCCAGUUCUGUGCACGGUUGAAACGUGACCCUCCAUCAAGUGACCAAAGGACAGGUUGGAAGAAGUACCUUUUGAACAAAAUGGUUCGUCCGUUUACAUGGUUUUAAACAGAUGCAUUAGAUUUUUUAAUUCGACUUGCUUAGAAUAUAUGAAAUAAGGUUUGUCUCCGUAGGCUUUUCACUGUAGCUGUGUAUUAAUGUCACCAGUAGAAGUACUUUGGAAACCCUCCCGACUUGGCUUCUUCUUUCCUGUUUUGUAUGCGUGGCCUUAAUUAUUUCCGCAUUCAAUUGCAUUUUUCGCAUCCAAAUUUACCUGCUUGUAAAAACGGCGUCCCUCUUUAAAAUAAAUGUAAUUUUUAAACACUCGGUUAGCCUUUCUGCGCGUUUUUUGUCGAAGAUUGCAUUUUUUUAUUGAUCGAUCACAUGCUCUGAGAUGCAUUCAAAUUUGACAGGUGUUUUUUGGCAGAUUUGAAUAAUUCGUUUGAGCCAGUUUUAAAAAAAGAAUCGGCAUUCCAAUCAACCAAAUAAUCGCCUGCCAGCUAAGCAUGUUCUUACGGACAAUACGGCGACGUAUUUUGACAGGUUAUUUGGGAUAAAUUCAAAAGGGAGGAUUUAUAAUAUGUAAAAUAUGAGUGUUGUGCAUUGGUUUAUAUAGGUUCUUACAGACUGAGACACAAAUCGAUUUUACACGAGUAAACGCGUUUUUUUACUAUUUAGGCAAUUGAAAUGGACGACUUCACAAUUCAGGAGGAGCAGGUCAAGUGUAAGUCAAAAACCUCCCGAGCUUCUUCUGCUAGCAUCACUCAUUUGCUUCUUCUUACUUUGGUCGACCCAAAGCUCCCUAACAUUCACAGACUAUCACAUGAAGAAGAGCAGAAAAAAAUUAAUCCAUUUAGUUUGACUGUGAGGUCGCUUUCCAAACCCUUAGUACUUUCGGGACUACUGCGCAUGUUGGUAACAUAACUACUUUUUUGUCUCGGAAAAAUGGGUCUGCGCCAGGAGGUUGCUGUUAACUUUUCACUUCACUUCGCCCACAGUGGUUCAACUAUGAAACCAGCUCCAGCUGCACUACAGAAAUAUUCCAAUCCAUUACAAUGUAGUGAAAUUAAAGCAUGUUUGGGCAUUUGUUUUUCAAAUAUGCCAGUAAGCAUUUUAUUAGAACUCCUGUAUGCUGCCUUGACUAGCAUUUCUCAAGCUCCCUCAUUGGGAUUUUACAAAUUUGUUACAGCGCGUAUUAACUGUCUUCAUUUGGGAAGUUUUUUUAAUACAGUAAGGUGCUCAGAAUUCUAUCGGCAAGUGAGUCAGCCCCCUGAAGCGUACAAAUUUUUGUUAGUAGUAUCUGUUGGUGUAGUUGAAGCAAGCAGGCAUUGAGGCUAAGGCCGCAUUAUCCAGCGGACUGCCAUUGAGCCAAGGCUUCGUUGUCCUUGAGAAAGCGGGGUGCUUACCAACCGGGCCAUGAGACAGGCUCUAUACCUGCCAGCAUCCGCACAACGACUAAUAAUAUAUCCUCUAAUCACGGGUCGGCCAAAUGUUAUGUCCUACUUAUUAGCCGCCGUUAGUCCAAUCGCAGGUUUGCGAGGUCUUCGCUUCGCAGGAAGACUGCACGCGAGAGUUCACAUGGAAAAGGUAGGAGACCCAUUAAAUAGAUGAAGAAACUUUUGCUGAAACAGACGGUUGGCUGAACAUGUCCCCGCUCGUUUAACUCGGAAAAUGAUUAUGUUACUUGCUAUGUAUGCAUAUUUGACCGCUGGGCAACAGUAGCGUGAAGGACCUCAGUUGUCUCUCUGUAGACUGAGAGUCGUGCCACGUGAGGUUUUGUCUUGGCAUACAUUCGGAGGCGGACACUACACUGUCAAUAGCAGCUACUUCACAUGACUUCAAACCAUUACUCCAACCCCGGUGUUUUUUGAGAAUGUGCUUUUUGUUUAUUUUCUUAAAUUAGAGUAUCUAUUUCCGUUGCAAUACGAAGGCGCGUGAUUUGACUUCCGGCAGGAAUCCACACAAUUUCUGGGUUCUCUUGAAUUUUGUCAACUUACUGUCUGACGUACUGUCCCACCCGUAAAACCCCCCAUAACCACCAUUCCCAUAUGACACGAUUCACGGCCCGCUGACAGUUAAAUGGGGACAUUCACCCUACCGUUGUCGGCCGGAUCUUUAGGUAUUUGUGUAUUUAUCACCGCGCAUGGAUAUGCCCGUAGACGUCCGCUGAGCAUCCUUGGUUUAUUUGAUUAAAGGCUCAGUUUAGGUCACUCUGAGCUUAGGUUGUCUCUAUCGUGACCAAAUGUUUCAAGGGUUUAUAUAGACCUUUCCUUUACCCGUCUGUUUCUCUUCUUUUCCACCUGCAAUGAUGCUACAUAUUGUAAACACGAACGCAUGAAAUUAACCACAGACAAACAUUUUUCGAAAGUCCAACACAUUAGUACAAAAAGCUUUAAAAAACGCCCAUAUAAAGGUACACAGGUAAACUGGUUUUUCGUACCCAAAGCAUGACAUUGCACUACCCUGGACCCAUUUGCCAACAUGUAGUCCAAGAAUCCUAACCUGUCCGUCACAAAAGUGAAUUAGAUAGUUAUCUGCCAAACAAAACCGAUGAACUGUGACAGGGAAUCCGGCUCGGUGUGUUCUUACCCGCCCUCAGAGACCGACAUCCAGCCUCAUUCCCUCUAGUCUGGAUUCGUUAAAAUACUGCGAAGUGUUUGAAGUCUUAUACUGCCGCAACCCGAACUGUACUCUCCAACGUUUGCAUCCGUUGUGAAGAGUGUUGGUAUCAACAGUUUAUGCAUUAAUUACGGGCAUCGAUAACCAUUUCCCUGUCUGUACAGUCAGUCUGUGUAGAAACAGUCAAAAAUACCAUUUUCCAUGCUCAACUAGACAUGAACGUAGUCGGCGCGUGAAUUCGAAUUCCGCCGCCACGGCAUACGCAGUAAUUCCGCCUUAAAAAUUCCCCGGCGCCCUGGUGGACGGCGCCCAAAGUUAUUGAUUUCCUCUCCCACGUCCUCGUUGUCCGCGUCAGCACUAUGCGUGCAGCGCUUCGCAUCCAUCUGCGUGCGGCCGGUGCAGCCACAUGAUUGGUCGAUUGCGUUAAACCGCCAAUGCGUUUGGAUUAUUUCCCCAUUCAGCACCUUGGGCCAGCGUGCGUGCCUGUGGACGCUUUGGCAUGGUGGGCGGUGCUGUUGUUGGCCGUUGGUGCCGAUAUAUAUGUAUAUAUCUUUUUAUUACUAACAGGCCGCUAGAAAACAUCGCAUCAAUUACUGCUAGGGAAUGUGCACAUAUUUUCGAAUCAAACGUGUUAUGUCCUCUGUUAUCUCCAGAAAAAAAGCAAGCAGACAGCGAAGCGAGUUCAUAAACCGAACAAUUUACUUUGACUGUUCCAAAAAGUUCAUCGUUUCCAACAUGAGGUUUUUGAUGCGGCCUCUCCUGCUUGUUGUGAUUUGUUAACCCGGAUUAAGACAGCACCUGCUGAAGACGACUGGUGAUUCAGAAAUGGCCACCAAGGUCUUUCUGGUCUUCAUCCAAAAUUCUCCUGCAUAUAUAAAUAUAUUCCCUCAGGAAUUGACGCACGCCGAUCCACUGGCUUCCCCGAGCAAACGAGCUUCGUAUGCGCGAUAGGGGUCACGAACAGGCAACCCCCUACCAGGUCAAGUCGGCCAAGCGACGAUAGCAAAGGAAAAGCCACAGAGUCUAGGGGGUAGAUUGAUAAAGCCCUAUUUCGGGCUUAUUUGCCUUCAUUCAGCCAACCAUAACCCUGACCACCAGCUGGGACCGGAAACACAAGCAUGCGCACAGACGCACCUGGCGCAGCUGAUCCACCACUGGGGUCUACCAGAUGGGUCAUAAGCACUUCAUCGAACCGAAGUUCAUCAUUGCCUUAUUACCUGUCAUCCCCUAUCACUGCAGAUCGGGCAGUUAUUUACUCAGGAAUGGACGCACACCGAUCCACUGGCUUACCGAAGCAAACGAGUUUCGUUUGGGCGAUAGGAGUCAACAACAGGCGACCACCUACCAGGCCAAAGUCGGCCAAGCUAUGAUAGCAGAAAGGAGACGACAGACCUACAAAAGAAGCUACCACCACGCCCUCGGGGACACUCUGACCUGCCUGGACGCAGUCAACACCAGUCCUGUCUUCUUUAUCGGCCAGUGCUGUGUGAGAGGACAACUCCGGGUUUCGUAUAAAUUAACCACCCCCUCGCCCCCAUUCUGGCGAUUUUCCUACAACUCGGGAUUCGGUCUGGUGGUGACUGUAGCAUUCUGAGAGCUCACUCACCGCUUCAGAGUGGUGGAUUGUCAUUUGAAGGCUAAAAUAGGGGGAGAAGAGGAGGAAAGAGACUAACGAGUCUGAUGGUGGUAGGAUGGAGGCAAGAUAGUUGCAGCAGUGGCGGUUAAGCGGUGCGCGUCAGGACCGCGAUGGUCAAGACUUUUUUUGUAAGACGCGCGAGGUGAGUUUUGUCUGCGGUGGAUACAGGGUCAGACGAAAUAUUUUCGGAAAACAAAGUGGCGAGCGAACGUUGCUUUCGAUAACUUCUCGUCAGGCCAUUACAGUUAUUUAGGAUAGGUACAGUGAGUGAAAAAAACCGAUAAAAGUUAGAUUUUUUUUUAAAUACAGGCUGCGCAAGAGCGGAAGGGCGCAGAAAUUUGGAUGCGGUUAGUCAACCUUUGACCACGGUAAGCGCGGUGCCUGAACUCGGUUCUUCUGUGCGCAUAGGCUCGGUUUUCGCAACCUGAUGACGGCCGCUUCUGCUGUUACUAACAGGCACUGGCCCAGUAGCUUAGGGUAGCUCGAGAGACCGUAUAAAUCAAACGAAACGUCUCAGCGAGUCCUUACGAUACUCUGAAUCCACUGCAUGCGCAAGGAUGGCUCUGUCUAUUCUCCUAGUUUCACCUUUUGCCAGCUAUGCGGGGAGGUGUUAUUGUAUUCUUUCGGAAAGGCGCCGGCUCGUACGACCAAUAUAACCUGCUCCAGAGGAGCAAUUGAAUGAGUAGAUGCACACUGAGGCGGUCUGAGUCGGCAGCCUAGCCUUGCCUUCUCCGCGUAAACUAGGGUUAAUAGAGAACGAUAUGCGAACCUUUGGUGGUGGGAAGUUUUCGAGACAGCUUGGUUAAGGCGUAUUCUUAGUUCAUUUGCAGCGUCUCCUUGGAAAGGGACUUUGAGGAAUAAAAAAUUUUUGGCGGUCAGUGUGGUGGGUUUUGCGGGUCGUUCGACAAGCUUCUUCUCAAUGGACCUGUCAAGAUACCAGUUUUCGCGAAGAAAGUCCUGGAUUUUUAUAAGUUCCUCCUAAAUACUUUCUGUUGAACAAAUUUUUCUAGCUCUUUGUGCCAAACACCUGACUAGAUUUCGUUUUUGUUAGAGAGGUACGAAACUAGCGGGCAGGGGGACAUUUAUCUCACUGGAAUCCAUUGGGUGAACCGUAUUGGGUGCAGUUCUCUCUUUAGGAUUUAUUCUUCCUAUUGGACUGGCAAUUGGAUUGAUUUUAGUUUUCCCCAAAUAUUUUUGUUGGCAUUCACCCACGCAUCAACCAUGAGGGAGACCUACUACAAUGAAGCCUUGUUUAACAAAAUAUUAUACUUUCACCCCCGGUGUGGGGGCUACUCAUGUCAGACUUUUUUUCUUCUCCUAUCACCCGACCGUCACCUGCAGUGGCAACAGAGGUCUUCAAGAAGUUUGACAAGCGAGGGCAAGACAAGAUCAGCACAAACGACCUCGGUCCGGCCUUCCGUGCCCUCAAUCUCACCAUCAAGCCUGACCUUCUGAAGGAGUGGGCAGACCAGGUCGACGAUGACGGUAAGCCUGCGAACAUUUUUUUUAAAAAAAUGUCUAACCCACUCACGCCCUGCCGCGGCAAACGCGUAGAUGUGCAUACCUCUUGUUGUUUACUUCGCACUUUCAUAUAUUCCUCUCCCUCUUCAAUCUGAGACUCUUCAGCUAACUCCGUUCUCACCCAAUUCCCACUGCUUUUACCGGUAAUCAUCGCUCACGAUCGUCAUGCCUAUCUGUCGCUCCCUCUCUGAUCGCUUUCUUCUUCUGUAAAAGGGAACUCGGCCUUCAGCAACUCAUCGUUACUGCCCUGCGGAUACACGGUCCGUCAGAUGCCCAGAUAGGGAGUUUAAAGAUGUAGACCUAUUGUUCCUCAAAUACGCUGAACUGAACAGGAAAGGCCUUUCACAGUACCCUUCUUCAAACUUGACAGCGAUGCCUCUCUCCGUGGCGACCAAUUAUUUACCUCAGUUGCUCUGCUUAUAGAAGUAGAGACUGAAUGAAUUCAGAGGAGUACAAUUGAUCUGUCCCUUAGUCUCGCUGUCUGGGAAGUCUGCUUUGCGGGAUGGUCGUCAUGGACUGUUUCGCAGGUCACAAACACUAUAGAUUAGUGAGGAAACUAGUCGUUGUAAAGCUGUCCAUCGUAAUUAAGUGCGAUGACCGGAAUUAAACUGUUAGUGAACCAUUUGACAACCAUCUAGGAGGUCCUGAGUACUUUCAGAGAGUCAGACUACUUGCAUCAACUGGUAUAAACAGUUACAUCGGACUGUACCUGUUUGAGGUACUUGAGAGUGGGAAAAAGACUAGGUCUUUUGCUUUGAAGUGAUCAAAAUUUUCGGAGAGAGUACAAACGAAAGUUCGGGUUCAAGACUAGGGAAGAGCGCAUAUGUCCUGAUAUUUGAGAUGCGUAAUUGACACACGUUUACAGGUUUUUCAAGGAUGCACGAGUGUAGUAGGGCAACUGGUGUCAAAUAAAGUACGAAUAGAUAGGAAAAAAUCCCGACUUCUAAGGACUGUACAGUCAUCAUCCUGCGUAAAAGCAAAAAAAUGUCCACGGGCAGUUAGAAAGGCUAAAAGUUUGAAUCAACUUCAACGGCCUGUAACAUAGGAAAUUAAAUGUCGAGCAUACCACGCAAGUCAGCGAUGCAAACCCGAUAUCAUGAUCUGUAAUGCAUCAAAUCUGUUGAGCCGUUCGUUGUAUCGAUCGAUUAAGAAGCCAGCCGGUGGGUUGUGACUGAUGCUCACAGAAUUGACGGGGUAACCUGAGAGUCUGAUAGCCCUGACGAACGGCGACGUAGAGAAGGUGGGCUAAUUCAUGAAAUGUCAACCAAAAUUCCGAAAUGCCUUUUCGUUUUGAAAAGAUUGAUUAAGUAAGGUUGUAAAACUAGUCAGCCUGCAACAUAAUUCUAUGAUAUUUCAGUUACCUCAGGAUGCCGGCUUUCGAAUGAACUUCCUUCCGGCUGCAUGCAACAACUACACUCUGUAAAAAACGACUACUCAUGUAGCAUGAAUUUUUCUUCUAAAUGUCCAAUUAAAUUUCAUGGAGAAUGAGUGGUUUUCCGUACGCGGAAAAUAUACGGCUUGUAGUUUGGAAAUCCUGAAUCCAAGUGUGACGGUAGAGCUGGUUCAAAAUUAUUCGUGAAUUGCAAAAGUUUUUGAAAACGGAAUUAUACCCUUCCUUCGAGUAAAAGAUUGGAAGAAGACGUAAUUGUCUACCGAAUGAGCCAGAGAAUGAAUAUUUUUAUGCAUGUUAUCCAUGAAAUAUAAUUGGACCUUUAGGGGCAACGGAAAUUAAUGAGGAAAAAGUCAUGCUACAUAAUAGGCGUUUUUUACAGAGUGCAGUUGUUGCGUACAGCCGGAAGGAAGUUCAUUCGAGAGCCGGCAUCCUGAGGUAACUGAAAUAUCAUAGAAUUAUUUUGCAGGCUAACUAGCUUUACAGCCCUACUUACUUAAUCUUUUCGAGAUGAAAGCGCAUUUCGGAAUUUCGGUGGACAUUUCAUGAGUUAGCCCACCUCCUGUACGUCCAGACGGGGAAAGUCGACAUAUUUGAGAGAAGGAGUACCGGUCAUCUUUACCGACACGCGGAUUCACCAUCUCUCGCGCAAAAAGUCAAUUCAGUCCGCUCAGAAAAUUCUGUCCAAUUUAGGCUUAGUUACAAACCAUUGCAAGCCGAUAGGGGCUGGGGCGAGAAUCAGUAAUACUGCCGUAUGACAUCAUUCUAACUCGGCUGAAGAAGAAGGUUCGUAUUGUACACUCCAUGCCGAUCUCUGGCGUGUACGAAAGAACCGCGUUUUUUGAGAAGACAUCCAAUAAACAACUGUACCUUGUGUCCCCGUAAUCUUUUGUACUCGUAGUCCAGUAAAUCAAAUUGUCUAAGUGGUCUGACUAAUGAUAACUUAGGUUCAGCUUUCAGUCGCCGUUUCUCCGGACCACUUCCUCGGGUUCUCGCGCUUGCUUGCACAAGGCGGACGCUGUAACUACAGUAGGUGGGCUUACUCGUGAAAUGUCAACUCUAAGUUCGAAAUGCGUUCUGGUUUCGAAAAGAUUAAUUAAGUAAGGUUGUUAAACUUCUCAUCAUGCAGCGUGAUUCUAUAAUGAUCCAGUUACCUCAUGGGGUCGGCUUUAGAACGAACUUAUUUUCGACUGCAUACAAAAUCCACACUCUGUAAAAAAGGACUACUUAAGUAGGGUGCAAUUUUCUCAUGGAUUUUCGACAUCCUUGAAUAUUCAAUUAUAUUUCUUGGAAAAAAUGCAUACAAAUAAUUAUUCUUUUACUUAUUCGGUAGAAAAUCAGGUCUUCUUCCGAUAUUAUACUCGAAAGAAAGGUAUAAUUCGGUUUUCAAAAGUUACUAGUUGUGAGAUUAUUUAAUAACGUGAGAGGGUCGUUCAUAAAACGAAUUUAGGAAUGUGGCUUGUAAAGUUAACAAUAUUGCUCAAAUCCGCUGCUUAAUUUUAUGAACCCCAUAUGGACUCCUCUUAAUACCGUAGAGAAAUGUAUUUUUUUCCGUACACGGAAAAUAUACGGCUUGUAGUUUUGAAAACCUGAAUGCAAGUGUAACAGCAGGUCGGAUUCAAAAUUAUUCGGGAGUUAGAAAAGUUUUUUAAAACCGAAUUAUACCUUUCUUUCGAGUAUAAAAUUGGAAGAAAACGUAAUUUUCUACCGAAUAAGUAAAACAACGAAUACUCUUAUCCAUUUUUUUCAUGAAAUACAAGUGAAUUUUCAAGGGCAUCGAAAAUGAAAUAAGAAAAUUGCAUGCUACUUAAGUAGUCCUUUUUUGCUGAGUAUAGUUCUUGGAUGCAGCCGAGAACAAGUUCGUUCGAAAGUCGGUACCCUGAAGUAACUGCAUUUUUAUAGAAUUGUACCGCAUGAUGAUUAGUUUUACAACACUACUUGAUUUAUCUUUUCGAAACGAGAACGCAUUUCGAAAUUUCGGUCGACAUUUCAUGAGUUAGCCUACCUUCUGUAGCUCCCCGUUUAGUCUGAUCUGGGAGCCAGGACGAUGCUGAAGCCGUGAAAAGUUCAAGGUCAUGAGACACGUGAUUUCUGGCAAAUGAGAGUGCGACACCACAUCGCCCUCCAUGGUCCUGGACUGCGGAGGUCUCAUGACCAACCUUAUAAAGCAAAAGGGCCACGUCAUCAUCUAACGAAGGAGGCGUUGCUGGUCACUGUGUUAUGACACGUUGAGAUGGCGUCUGUGAUGUAUGGCGCUGGAGGAUGGCAACUUCGAAGUAAACACUAGUAAAAUGACACGGCGAUUCCUCAGCAAGAAAACUGUGCGCUCUCCUACAGAUUCCACUAUGACAUACACUGCAAGAAUCUACUUUAAGUGCAUAAGUGUGCGAGGCCCCAAAAACCAAAGGAUUUUUUCUUCCAAAGUCUAUCGGAAGCAUCGCAAUAAAUGAUCGAACCGCAUAAAGGAGUUGUGGUUGCAUGCCUGACGAAGUGCUUUUUUUCACAGACCCCCUUGUCUUUUGUGGGGUGAUACGAAACGUCUCAAAACCUCAAAGUCUGGGUCGCUGGGCUGCUAGCUAAAGAGAUGUUCUGUAUACAACUGUUUAGCAAGCGGAGUAUGUAGACGGUCAGCUUUGCGUCAUUAUUUGCGACCAUUGCCUUCUUUUUCACUACCAACAGCCACCGGCUUCAUUGAUCUGAAGGGGUUCCUUAUCGUCUACGGUAAGAAGCUGCAGGAUGAUCAGGAUGAGAAGGAUCUUCGAGAGGCCUUCCGCGUCCUCGACAAGAACCGACGGGGUGAAAUCGAUGUCGAGGAUCUCAGAUGGAUCCUGAAGAGCCUCGGAGAUGACCUGACCGAGGAGGAGAUCGACGAGAUGAUUCGUGACACAGACACUGACGGAUCCGGCUUUGUUGACUUUGAUGGUAAGUUCUCAGCCUCAUCACUGCGAGCAGGCCUUAAACGUUUUUAGGGCUAUUUUUGGCAUUUUUAUUCUGUCGGUUAAGAAAGAACAAGGCUCGAUUAACGGAUGAUGUUUCGGAUUUCCCCCCCCCCCCACCUUUAAACCACCACCAGCAAGGGCAGCAAAGGGAGGUAGCAGAAACGCGAGAUUUGUAAACAGUGCUUCUACGCAAUGCUCCGGUAUUCAUUUUAGAUGAUCACGCCUCUCGUGUUGACAGUUCCAUGAUCUAUAUUCGACCAAAAAACUGCAUGGCGUUUUUCAACUUCCAGCGGGCACAUGUGAUUUUGGUUUACAAAUUCACGUCCACUCAAAUUUUACAGAACAAAAGAGACCUGCAGGUCCUGCUAAAGAAAAUAACAGCAUUCUGUUUUUUCUAUAAAUGCCCCGUUUUCGGAUUUCUUGAACCUCGGUUUAAACACUGUUUCGGUUUUCCUUUCAGAAUUCAAGAAGCUAAUGACCUCGGAGUAA